GAUGAAGGAAUGAAAGCAGAAAUAUUUAGGCUACGUAAGAAACUGUCCGAGCAAGAGAAGAAGUUACAUAGCACAGUGAAACGCCUGCACUCCACAAACCAGCUGAAGGAAAACAUGGAGAAAGUCAUCAUUGACCAGUUGGUUUUAACUCAUGAUGUCUUGAAGAAGGCUAGAGGAAACCUGGAACUCUCACCAGCUGAGAAUCAAAAAUCACCUUCCUGUACCAGCCAAAGAAGGAUUCUCUGAAGGAGAAAGUUCCACUACUAAAGACUGGUCCUUUGAUUGUUAUUUGCUUCUUUAUGCCUUACUAUUUAUUGAUGUAAAAAUGUUUGUUUAGCUUUUUUAAUGGAUCAGCCUUUGACCAAAAAAAAAAAAAAACCAACAGAAAAACCCUUUUGGUAAAUAACUUAUUUAACAUUUUCUGUAACGUAAAAGAUGUUUUUUAAUAUUUAUUACAGAAGCAAGGUACGGGAGGUACUGAAGCAAAAUCCAGAAUUUUUUUUUAAAGUUGGCUCAUUUGAAAUUUUAUAUUUGUACUUGUCAUGUUAUAAAAAAACCCUAUUUGUUGUUAUAGUCAAACAGGACCUGAAAGAAUCAAGAACGUGAUCCACCUUUCAAACUGUUUCUAUACUGCUAAAAGAAUGUAGGUUAAAAAAAAAUUUCUGCCAGUUGUCAAUUGUUUUGUAGCAAUAUGAGAAAUGUUCAAUAUUUUAAAUGUAUCUGGAAGAUUCUUCUGGAAGCUGCCUGAUGCUGAGCUUU